GAAGUUUUAGUCGAGAAUCGUGCAGCUCUAUAAUGGCCCCUGCAGUAUCCGCCCUUUCGCAAACCCUGCGGUCCCUGACUGAGAGCAAAAUCCGUGAGCUCGAGAAGCGACGCAAAAGCUAUGAGGCUGACAAGGCCGCCAUUCUUGAGGCGGCCCAUGCCACUCAGGACACUCAUCAGCGACUCGAGCACCUGCUCGAGGGAGCAAGAGAGCUCUGUCCGUCGGCGUCUAGCGAUCCCACGAUGGUUAACAUUGAGCGGUGGCUGCAUCAAUCGAUCUACGACUCGUCAAUCCCGCCAGAAAAAUUGCAGGAAUUUGAGGCUCAGCUUCUCAGGAAACUCAACAUCCAAAGUCGAAAGCUAGGCCUGGCUGACCUGUACUCGCGGCUGCUGACGGAGUGGGUGGACCCGCCUGUUGCGGCGGCCCAGGAUGAGAGCGAGAUGGCGGUCGACGACGACUACAUGGUAGUGGAUGAGCGACAGAAGCAGCGUCUGCAGCAACUGUGUGAUCAAUUCGACGCGUCCGUUUUCGAGCCGUUGGAGACAAACGAAUGGCAGAUACGGGCCUUCCUUGAUGACCUUUUCCCGGAUGAGGAGAGUGUAAAUGCCUUGGUCAAUCUUCGCAGGCAGCUCAAGGGCGAGACCACAUCAUUCUGGGAAGAACAAGAGCCUUUUACCGCGCGAUCUGUGGAGUACUGUGUGCGUGGACUCUUGAAUGAAGAACUUCUCAGUGAGGAGAAGCGGGAGAUUAUGAAUUCGUUCCUGAAGACACCGGUCGCUCUGACUGAGAUCGCCGAUGUGUUGAAUAUGCGAUACAGUGAUAUCGAAAACUGGGCCUGGCAUGCUGGCGAAAACGGUAUUCCUGUUGUCCCCCGGCAGCAGGCAAAUGGGAAGUAUCGCAUUUGGAUGGACGAGGAUCUCCUGCAGUUGAUUUUCCUGCAGUAUAUCAGCACGCGACAUUGUAACAUUCUGAAGCGUCUAUUAUCAAGGUUUGUCCAACAAGACUCGGUGUGGAACUGGAAACCCGAGCGACAGAAGACGGCACGCGAUCGCCUUCGACGGAGAUACUACAUGGGUAAUGGCGAAGUAUAUUCAACUGCUGAGCAGUUGCGAUUCACAGAGUACCUGGAAACUUACUUCUUGUCGCAGCUUCCAAAAUCAGAGAGCACAUUGAGUGAGAAGGGCAAUUCAUAUGAUGAUGACAAUGAUGCUGCUGGGACAAGUCCAACAAGGCACGAGGGAAAGAAUUUCCGACAGCAGCUGCUACGAAAGAUUGCCACGGAGGCGCUUGUCCGUCGACACUUGCACGGUGCAGCGGUGGUGGUUCAAUCCGACAUGAGAUGGUACGCCACUUGUCUGCCGCACAGUACAAUUGUCAUUAUCAUGAAGUAUAUUGGGUUCCCAAAGAGGUGGAUUGACUUCUACCAUCGUUAUAUGGAAGCACCCCUAAACAUGGACAGCUCCUAUGAGGGACGUGAGUCAGUUGGACUACGCAUCAGGAAGCGGGGAAUUCCAUUCUCGCAUGCCGCUGAGAAACUGCUUGGAGAAAUGAUCCUCUUUUUCAUGGAUUUGGCAGUAAAUCGCGAAACGGGCUUGCUCUUAUACCGCCUGCAUGAUGACUUGUGGUUGUGCGGCGAGCCAGCCAAGUGUGUACGAGCAUGGGAAGUGAUGGGUAAUUUCGCCAAGGUCACAGGGCUGGAGUUUAAUUACAGCAAGACUGGGUCGGCUUAUUUGGCUGAGUACAGAGAUCCCAGAAUCGCUUCCCAGCUCCCGGAAGGUUCAGUCACAUUUGGAUUUCUGAAACUGGAUGCAGACACCGAGACGUGGGUGAUUGACGAGACCCUUGUCGAUGCGCACGUUCAGCAACUCAAACAGCAACUGGAUCGUUGCGAUAGUGUAAUAUCUUGGGUCCGCACAUGGAACAGCUGCAUCGGAAGGUUCUUCAAGAAUACCUUCGGCCAGCCUGCUUACUGCUUCGGGGAGCCACAUGUACGUGCCAUUUUGACCACGUACAAGAAGAUCCAAGAUAGGAUUUUGAAUGACUCGGCAUCAACAAGUAUUCCGGAACAUCUGCGGGCAAUUAUCACAGGACGGCUUGGCGAAUUCGAAAUUCCGGAUGCUUUCUUUUUCUUCCCAGAAGAAUUAGGUGGACUUGGCCUACGCAAUCCCUUCACAUCCGUGCUCCUGGUUGAGGGUAUCAUGGGCGAGCCACCGCUAGCGAGAAUAAAGCAAUAUCUAGAGGAAGAGAAAACUUUGUAUUCUCAGCUAAAAAAGACGUUCGAAGACUUGAGCGAUCAACGGCGGCGAAAGGUGCUAGAGACCUGUGUUUCCAAUGCAGAUCUCGACGGCGACUUGGUGACCGAGCGAGAAAUCCAUACGUUUAUGUCAUUCGAGGAAUUCUCUCGAUUUCGCGAAACUGCAAGUGGCAAUCUUAGACGAAUGUAUAUCGAGCUGAUGCGCGUUCCGACAAUGCAGCCACUUGAUACAUCACCGGAGCUUGAGAGGGCUUUACGGGAGACUCUAACCCAGGGGCAAGUUGGCAACUUGGACAGUGAAGAGCUAUGGCACUUGCAAUUAUAUGCCGGAGAAGUGCUAGAGAAACUGGGAGGUCUUAGACUGGUGGAUCAGAAGUUCCUGCCCGUCGGAGUUCUGGGGAUGGUGAAGGAAACUCGGGUCAAGUGGCAAAUGGUGCUCUGA